AUGUCCCGAUCGUCCCGUCUGGGCAAGAGCAAGAAGCCUAAAGCUGCAACAGUUUCGCAACCCUUGGCGCAAGGGGCUGUGGACACCGCGGUGGACACCUCGCUGGCGACCUGGCCGGAGGAUUGCCUCCUCCAUCAAGGUCUUCCAAAUCCCAUGGUCUACGGUCCAGAUGGAGUGUGGAUGGAGGUAUCCUUUCUCAAUAGCAGGAUAAUGGAAUCAAGUUAUCGGACUAGACCUGCCAAGUGUCCCGCAAGGGGUUGGCACAACGAUGACGUUGGGCGGCCAUUGCUGGAUUCCACGCAAGUGCUGUUGCAAAAGGCAAAGCAAGUGGGACAUCCCAGGAAUGGCAUGCUGAAUCCCAAAGGUAGCGGAUGCGGAUGGGGACUGCAGAUUCUACACCUUUGA